AUGGUACCUGUCCUGCACAUUAUCAUCACCAUCAUACUAAUUGCAGAGCUUGUUUUGGGCAAUUUGAGCAAUAGUUUUAUAGUUCUGAAGAACUUCAUUGACUGGAUCAAUAAAAUAGAGCUCUCCACAAUUGAUCAAAUACUCAUUAUCUUGUCAAUUUCCAGAAUUAGUCUCAUCUGGGAAACCGUACUUUUGUGGGUUAAAGAUCAAUUAAUUUCAUCUAUUACUAUAAAAGAAUUAAAAAUAAUUAUGUUCAGCCUUAUACUAUCUAGCCACUUCAGUCUCUGGCUUGCUACAGCUCUCAGCAUCUUCUAUUUUUUCAGAAUAGCUAACUGCUCCUGGCAGAUCUUUCUCUACUUGAAAUGGAGACUGAAAAAGCUGAUUGUGCUGAUCUUAAUGGGAAGCUUGGUGAUCUUGAUUGCAAAUAUGAUACAAAUAACCAUCACUCUUGAAGAGAAGUUCUAUCAAUAUGAAGGAAAUACAAGUGUGAACUCCAUGGAGACUGAGUUUACAAUUUUGACAGAGGAGGUGUUAUUUAACAUGACUCUGUUCUCUGCAAUACCAUUUUCACUGGCAUUAAUUUUUUUUAUUCUGCUAAUCUUCUCUUUGUAUAAACAUCUCCAGAAGAUGCAGCUCAAUUUUAGAGGAGAUAAAGACCCUAGUGCUACAGCCCACAGAACUGCCUUGAGAAUUAUGGUCUCCUUCCUCUUGCUCUAUACUAUGUAUUUCCUGUCUCUUCUUGUAUCAUGGAUUGCUCAGAAGAAUCACAGUAGACUAGUUCACAUUAUUUGUAUGAUAACUUCACUCCUGUGUCCUUCAGCUCACUCGUCUAUUCUGAUUUUGGGAAAUUCUAAAUUAAAGCAGACUUCUCUUUGGGUACUGAGGCAGCUGGGAUGUAGGAUGAAAGGACAGAAUAUUCCAACUACAUAA